AUGAAUUCAUCAAAAGGAGUUAUCGAUAUUGGAAGUAAUGGUAUUCGUUUUGGUUUAGUCUCUUCAUUAGAUAGACAUUUACCAGUACUUUAUGAAGAACGUGCACCCAUUUCAUUAUUUGAUGCACAACAUUCUUCUAAAUCCGGGGAAAAAUCCAAUAUAUCAGAAAAUGUUAUACGUGAUGUAGAGAAUACCAUGAAAAGAUUUAAUUAUAUGUGUAGAAGCUAUGGUGUGGAAAUUAAAGAUGUCACUAUCGUGGCCACCGAAGCAACUCGCACUGCGCCUAAUUCUUCAGAUUUUCGUGAAAGAAUAAAAAAAUCAUUUCAAGCACCCGUUAAAUUAUUAGACAAAAAAGAGGAGGCUAUAGUUUCUGGCAAAGGAAUUGCAGCAACUUAUAAUGGCGUGGAAGGUUUAGUGAUGGAUAUGGGUGGUGGAUCUGUAGAAAUAAAUUAUUUGAAAUUUGAUCGAAAAACUGCCGAAUUCAAAAUAUCAGAUUCACCAAUAAAUCUUCCUUAUGGUGCUGCCGCUUUAACAAAAUUAUUGACACAAAAUAAUACUCCUGAGAAACUUACUGAAUUAUCAAAUAAUAUAGUACAAGAUUUAAAAAAAGGGAUUGCAAGCUUAGAUGCUCCUGAAGAUGUCAAAGUUGAUGGGAAGUUUACCGUCUAUAUGAGUGGUGGUGGAUUUCGUUCUUUAGGUUAUUUAUGUAUGUCAGAAAGUGGAGCUGAAUGUGAUUCAGGUAAAAAAUAUUCUUAUUCAAUCCCAAUAAUCAAUGGUUUCUAUACAUCUUCCAAGAAAUUGAAAAAAAUAAUAGAACCACUUACACCAUCAAAACAAGUAGAAUUUAAAACAUCACCAGAAUUAAUAUUUCCUAAUGGAAAUCCAUUUCGUGUCGAUAACAGGCGUGCUAGAUUAAUGCCAGCGUGCUGUUUCUUAAUCAAUGCUAUAAUGCAAUGCAUUGAUAUAGGUGAUAUUUAUUUUUGUGAAGGUGGCAUACGUCAAGGAAUAUGCUUUCAAAUGAUGGACAAAGAAAUUCAAAAAUUAGAUCCAUUAGAAACCUUUAUUGAGAAAACCCCAUUACAAACGGACCAGAUUAAAUAUAGAACCCAACAUAUACUAAAUAUUUUGAAAGGUUCCAUACCAGAGAAAUUUGAUGAAAUACUUGAUUCUGAUGUCACUGGUAAUAAUAAACCAGAAAGACUCAAACGUCUUCUUCCUAGUAUUAUAUCACUAUCACAAUGGUCAAUGAACCUUGCAAAAGAAGCACGCCCAAUCAACGGUUUUGCCUUACCACUUGCAGGUGGACUACUUUGUAACACUCCUGGACUAACUCAUGUUGACAGAGCAAUUAUAUCAUGGUGUUUAAUGUAUAGAUAUUUUAGUGAUGCAAAUGAAGGUGAAGAUGGUGUAGAAAAAGAUAUUAGUGUGAUGGAACCUGGUUUAUUUAUAGGUAUAAAAAAUAUGAUUCCUGGUGGAGAGAGUGGUAGAAAGGUUUGUGAAUUCAUUGGAAAAUUAGUUGGGUUUAUUAUUUUGUGUACGCCAGUUGGUAGUUCAGUAACUAAUUCCACAAGAACAUCUGAAAAUCUUAUGACAGAGACUAUCAAUAUAACAUUUUUAGAUUCUGAUAAAUUAUUCAUUGUCAAAAAUCCGCUUGUCAAAGAAUUCAUUGUAAUUCCAAAUGGAAAUAAUCAAAAGAAAUUCAAGUUUCUCAGAAAACUCACCUUGAAAUUAAAUAUAAAAAAGACCAGAUCAAAUGAAAAAUCAACAUCUUCUUCAAAAGAAUAA